AUGGCAACGAUCUCUGAAUGGCGUAUGGGAGUGUGGAGGGACGCACUAGUGAAUAGAUAUAAUGGCACCAAUCCGGACGCUUCCCUGAUCUUCACGCCAAUUGUGGUCGAACAACCUCCUCUCGACCAAACUACGACCAUUAAUCACAUCCAUCGCCUCCCCGUCGAACUACUGUGCCGUAUAUUUGCCUUUUGUGCAGCAGAGGGCGCUCAAUACUUUCAAUCUGGAGAAACUUCUCCUAGAAACUGGUUCUCAUUCACUCAUGUUUGUCGUCAAUGGCGCAUUGUGGCAUUUGACAACCCUUUACUUUGGACCACGCCAGAUUUUUCCAGAAUCCGUUUGGUUCCUCUCAUGCUCAAGAACUCCAGAUCUGUACCGCUUACUCUCAUGGCUGAAAUACGGUGCUCAAAGGAUUCAGAUGCCUUCUUGUUAGCAUUGCAGCAUGUCUCUCGUACCAAAACGAUCUGCCUCAAAUGCGAUGGGGAUGAGAUGAAUAAGAUUAUCCCUGCUCUUCUCCAACCUGCACCUCUUCUGAGAACUCUUUCACUAGUAUGCCGCGACGACACGCCGGAACGUGCUCCUGUCAUCCCUCCUAACUUCCUCGCAAACAAUGUGUCAAAGCUUACUUCUCUCACCAUUACUAAUUGCCGCAUCCAUUGGGACUCCCUGACGUUGAGGGACCUCUCUUCACUUUCCAUCCGGGUGUCUCCCUGUCGCCAUCAUGUGUUACCGGUCCAAGAAUUCGUAGCAGUCUUGCGUCGAAUGCCGCGUAUUCAAGAACUGAAACUGCACGGCCUUCGAAUCCAAUGGGAGGCGGGAGCUCACUCGCCCCAUGCUGUUUCCCUUCGUUAUUUGAGAUAUCUUGAACUUGGACGUGAUGCACUACGUUGUGCCAGUAUCCUGAACCACAUAAACAUUCCCUCAGCCGCCACCAUCGAUCUCUAUUGCCGCUUUCGAGAAACACCUCACCACGAAACACGAUUGUGUGGUCUGAUGCUGUCACUCUCCCACCUUUUCUCCAGAGCUCACAUUGUCAAGUCGCUUGUCCUGAAAGGGGCUACUGCUCAUCUUGACGUGUACGCUAAUUGGGAAUCCGAACGCGACGGCUGCCCCUUGUACCCAGAAAUCAACAUGCGUCUCGUUGACGGAUCAGGCAGACUUUGGCGCUCUUGGGACGCCAUCGUGCGUGGGCUCGCAGCCGCUCUCCCGCUGAAUAAACUGAGACAUCUCAGUUUAUCAGGUACAUGGGACAAUUUCCUUCGUUCUUCACACACUCUUCUGGAUUGUUUUGGGCCCUCGGCGAACGUCGAGACAAUUGAGGUGGAGGGUUCACGGCUUCAUGCCAUCGUGGCCAAGACUCUGGCUCGAGAACAGGCUGAGUGUCGAGCUCUCACCUUUUUCCACUCUUUCCACCUCAGGCCCAACGAAAGAGAAUCUCAGCCACCAAUCGACUCACCCCAGAAUGCUUUAACAUUUCCACACCUUCGCCACCUCAAACUCCGACAUGUUGCAAAUGACAGAAAUUCUGUAUUCGAAAAUUAUCGGAAAUGGUUGAAAGUGUUACUCGAUUCUCUGAUGCUUCGUAUAGAAUAUGGGCUGUUGUUAUCAAGCUUAGAAUUUGUGAACUUGACGAUAUCGGCUCGGGACAUCAGGGCGAUCGAACAAAUUAUAGGGGAAGGAAGGAAACGUCCCGCCUAG